AUGUCUUACAACUAUGGCAAUGAUUAUAGCUCUGGUGACAACGACACCCGCCGCAAUGUCGGAUACGAUGCCAGUGAGGCAGAUGCUAGAGGACUUCAUACCGAGGCUGGGAGGAAUGCUAUGAACCACUUCAAUAAUGCAGCUGAAGGUGUCGGGCGUGCUGCUGCCGAAUUCAAUUCUGGUGGAGGGCGUGAUGCUGUAGAAUCAGUUGGGAACCCGAUCGCCAACCGAGACGAAGGCGAAGACAAGACGAACCCGUUCCUGAGGCCAGCCCAAAUGCUGGCAGAGGCUACACAGGAAGGGCUCAAGGGGAUUCCCGGUGCUAUAUUUGAAUUUGCGACUGGUCAAUAUGAAGCGCAUAAAAUGCACGCCGAGGGAAACCAGCGUAGUCAGGAGCAAUCGAGUUCAGGAGAGAUUAAUAUUGAGGAUACAUAA